AUGGAUACAUUAGAUGGUGGUGAAAACUAUGGAGAAAAAAUCAAGCGGAAAGAGGGGAGAGGGAAGAAGUGCCAUGGGAUGAGGAGAAAGAAAUCUCUUGUUGGUUCACUCCUUAACAGUGGAUUUAGUGCUCAAGGAGAAGCUGAAGACAGGUCGAGAGAACCUCAGGAUGCCAACAGUUUAGAGUUAAAAGACACCCUAGCAGUUCUAUUACUCAUAUUUGAACUAGUUGUCUUGAAAGGAAUGCAAGAAUGUUUGAAGCUGUCAAAUGUGUAUAUCUACGGUCAAGAAUUAGGAGGUGAUAAGUAAAACAAAAGUGUUAAUUUUCAUCAGUUGGAACAGGGUGUUUUGGCUGGGAACUUGGAGCUAGAAGGGGCGAUGCUGCAUUUGGUCUUAGAGCUUCUGGUUUGAGUUCAUUUGGUGACAGCAGCUUUAGUACCAGAACAGUUGAAGGAAAUUGAGUGAUUAGGUGACACCAGUCUGAGAAUUGGGAAUACCUCUGUUGAUGAUAGCUCUGGAAAUUUGGAAUCCAGAUUAGGGGCUUUUGGUCAACAGGAAUUUGGAAUCAAUGAACUUGGAGGGGAUAGAAUGAGUGGCAAUGCAUCUGUUGGGGCUGGAUUUAAAGGCCUUGGAUCUGAUGUCAGUAGCUCAGGUAUUCCAGGGGUCUUUAGUUAGGAACUUGGAGCAGGGAAGGGCAAUGCUGCAUUUGGUUUUGGAGCUUCUGGUUUGAGUUCAUUUGGUGAUGGUGACUUUAGUAGCAAAACAGUUGAAGGAAAUUGAGUGAUUAGAUCUGAAGGAUCCAUUUCUAAUGAUCUAGGUGACACCAAUUUGAGAAAUGGUAAUACCGUUUUUGGUGACAGCUCUGGAAACUUAGAAUCCAAAUUAGGGGCUUUUGGUCAACAGGGAUUUGGAAUCAAUGAACUUGGAGGGGAUAGAAUGAGUGGCAGUACAUCUGUUAGGGGUAGACAUAAAGACUUUGGCUCUGAUGCCAGUAGAAAAGGAACCCAUAUUCCAGAAGCAACCCCCAAAUACUCAGAAACAAACACAACUAUUGGUGAAGUUUCUACUUGGGGCAAAGGAGCAUAUAAAGCUUUCAACGGCCGUGUCUUUUCCUUUGAGUCUUCAUGCACGUAUAGUUUCUGCCGUCACUGUGUUGAAUCUGGAGGAGAAUUCAAUAUUGAGAUCAAACGAAACAAUGAUAGUGAGAUUGAAAAAAUAACAGUUAUAGUAGACAGUAAUGUCAUCUCUAUUGUUGGCAAUAUCAUUUUAGUUAAUGGAGAAAGUGUACAGAUACCAUAUGACAAUAAGAUGAUUCACAUUAAGAAAUAUGGAGAACAUAAUGUUCUGAAUAGCCGUAGAGGAAUCCUGUCUUUAAUGUGGGACGAAAAUAAUAAACUCUCACUCACUCUUCACAAGCAGUAUCCAACUUGUGGUCUUUGUGGUGACUUCAACAGCAUUCCAGGAGAAGAUAUUAAUGAGCACAUUGACAAUAGUAAAAUUCCUGGUAAUUGUCCCAAAGCUGUUACCAAAAGCUAUCAAGUUUGUGAAGAUGGAGUGCAUCACUGUAACAAAAUAAUUGGAACCUACUUUGAGAAAUGUGGAAAGGUUGGCACUUUAUCCAACAACUACAAAAUGAUCUGCAUUGAUGAGUACUGCCAAAGUAGAGACAAAAAAUUCACCUGUGACACUUAUGCAGAAUUGUCCCGCCUCUGUUCAUCAGAUGGUCCCGGCACCUAUGUAUCCUGGAGAGACGAUCCCGAUGUGGUUUGUGAAAAACCUAGAUGCCCAGAAAAACAUAUCUACAAAGAAUGUGGUCCCUCAAAUCCUGCAACUUGUUCUAAUGUGGCUCCUUUUCAAGGCAUUGAAUGUGUGAGUGGCUGCACCUGCCCAGAAGGUUAUCUAUUGGAUGAUAUUGGAGAGAAAGGGAGAUGCGUGUUGAAGGCUGACUGUCCCUGUGAAUCUAAUGGAAAAGUGUAUCAGUCAGGAGAAAUCCGUGAAGGUUCUUGUGGUUCUCAGUGCACAUGCCAAGAAGCAAAGUGGUCUUGCACUAAAAUGCUAUGUCCUGGAAGAUGUAAGGUGGAAGGAAGUUUGAUUACCACCUUUGAUGGUGUUAAAUACAAUCAUCAUGGAAACUGUCACUUUUUGGCCAUCCAUGAUAAAGAUUGGUCUAUUAGUGUUGAGCUUCGUCCAUGUCCAAGUGGUCAGUCAGGAACGUGCUUAAAUAGUGUUACACUCCUCUUGAAUUCGUUUGUUCCAGUUGAAAAGUACAUAUUCAAUAGAGAUGGAACAGUCACAAAUGACAAGAUUAGAAAUCAAGGUUAUUAUUAUUCAGAAAAAAUACAGAUCUCCAAUGCAUCUUCCUCAUACCUUCAAGCAGAAACAUACUUUCAUGGAAAACUGCAAAUACAAAUUGUUCCUGUGAUGCAAUUAUAUGUUUCCAUGCCACCCAACCAAUUCACAGACACCGUAGGACUCUGUGGUUCCUACAACAACAGAGCAGAGGAUGAUUUCAUGUCAAGUCAGAAUAUAUUAGAGAAGACAUCUCAGGCAUUUGCUAAUUCUUGGGAAAUGAUGCCUUGUCCCAAAGGAAACACUGCUUCAUGCGUCAGUAUAGAAAAAGAAAGGUUUGCUGAAAGGCACUGUGGAAUUCUUCUUGAUUUGAGUGGGCCUUUUGCUUCCUGCCAUUCAGUUGUGGACCCUAAACCAUAUCAAGAGGAAUGCAAAAAAUAUACUUGUACUUGUGAAAAUAGUCAAGACUGCCUGUGCACGAUUUUAGGCAACUAUGUGAAAGCAUGUGCUGAGAAGGAAACUUACAUGAUAGGAUGGAGGGCUGGGCUUUGUGAUCAAUCUUGUCCAAGUGGCCUAGUUUUCAGGUACAAUGUUAAAACCUGCAAUAGUUCCUGCCGAUCAUUGUCAGAGAGAGAUAGGAGCUGCGAUAUGGAAGAUGUUCUAGUUGAUGGAUGCACUUGCCCUGAUGGAAUGUACCAGACUAAUGAAGGAAAUUGUGUUCCAAAAUCUCAGUGUGACUGCUACAUAAAUGACGAGGUCAUACAACCAGGCAAACUCAUCCAUAUUGAUGACAAUAAAUGCAUAUGUCGAGAUGGAAUUCUUCUUUGCCAGACUCCCAUUGAUUUAACACUACAGAAUUGUUCUAGAGGGGCUGAAUAUGUUGACUGUAGGAAUCCUAAGGCACAGAGAAGAGUUGACAGUACCUGUAGCACUCGGAACAUACCUAAUUUUGAAGAGAACUUGCCUUGCAAGCGUGGAUGCUACUGUCCUGUAGGAAUGGUUCGAAAUUCUAAAGGGAACUGUGUCUUCCCUGAUGACUGCCCAUGUUCUUUUGGUGGACAAGAGUAUGACCAAGGAAGUGUCACCUCGGUUGGCUGCAACAAAUGUACUUGCAUAAAAGGAUCUUGGAACUGUACACAAAAUGAAUGUCAAACCACCUGCCAUAUCUAUGGGGAAGGUCAUGUUAGAUCUUUUGAUGGAAAAAGUUACAGCUUUGAUGGUCUCUGCCAGUAUUCAUUUAUUGAGGAUUAUUGUGGUCGUGAAAAUGGCACAUUCCGUAUUUUAACUGAAAGCGUCCCGUGUUGUGAAGAUGGGCUUACAUGCUCAAGAAAAAUUAUAGUUGCUCUUCAGGAUCAGAAUAUUGUCUUGCAAGAUGGUAAAAUCACAGCAGUCAAAACUACGGAAAGUAAGGAAUGUGAACUCAGUGGAAAAUCAUACUCUGUUCAUACUGUUGGCCUGUACUUGAUUUUGAAAAUUUUAAGUGGAAUAACCAUAAUUUGGGACAAAAAUACAAGAAUUUCUGUGUUAUUGGAUCCACGCUGGAAUGGCAAAGUGUGUGGUCUUUGCGGAAAUAACAAUGGCGAUCUUAAGGAUGAUUUCACAACGAGAUACUCAUCAGUAGCUGCUGGAGCACUGGAAUUUGGAAAUAGUUGGAAAACAAGUCAAGAAUGUUCAGACACAGUAGCUCAAACCUUCCCAUGUGACUCAAACCCAUACUGUAAAGCUUGGGCUGUGCGGAAAUGUGAGAUCAUCCGGGACAGCACCUUCAGAGACUGCCACAAUAAGGUGGACCCCAGUACGUACUAUGAUGCCUGUGUUGAAGAAGCUUGUGCAUGUGACAUGGAGGGGAAGUACCUGGGAUUCUGCACAGCUGUGGCGAUGUAUGCAGAAGCAUGCAGUGCGGUUGGCGUAUGUGUUACAUGGAGGAAACCAGAUCUCUGUCCUGUCUACUGUGAUUAUUAUAAUGCACCUGGGGAAUGCAGCUGGCAUUAUAAACCUUGUGGUACACUGACUGCAAAAACAUGCAAAGAUAGAGUAAUUGGCCAGAAGUUUUCUGCAGUUUUAGAAGGCUGUUAUGCUAAGUGCCCAGACAGUGCUCCCUUCCUGGAUGAGAACACCAUGAAAUGCGUCAGUUUGUCUGAGUGCAGCUGCUUCUAUAAUGACAUCAUACCUGCUGGUGGAGUGAUCCAAGAUAACUGUGGGAGAAUAUGCUAUUGCAUCGCAGGAGAGUUGGAGUGCAGUGUUUCUACUACAACAGCUACCUCCAUACUAAGCGCUGAAGCAGGUAUUACUAGAACUCCAGUGCCUAUCACCUCCACAGCUGGAAGUGUGGGCACCACAGGAGCAGUGGUCCCCACCUUCACCAGUCCUGGGCUUAUAUCAGGGUCAACUGGAGGAUCAGUAAGUGCAACCACAGGCGCUGAAGAUGGAAGCACAAGUGACAUAGGCUUCAGAGCAGGUGGGAACAGGGGUCCUACUGCACCAACAACAGGAGAUGAGGAAGACGGCACACCCAGCAAACCAAGCACAGGAGCAAUAAGCCCAGGGAAAUUAGAGACUACCAGAUCAUCAGCUGGUGAAACAACUAGAGCACCAAGCAGUGAAGUGACACAAUCUGAAGGAACAACUGGAGGGGAAAAUGCUGCCAUCACUGGAGCUGCUGGUGAAAACACUUCUGGAGCAGCAGGUACUGAAUGA